AGACAAGACAGAUCUACGAUCCUCUAGUGUGCACCAACAAUGGCUUCAUCAUCUUCAUCGGAAAGCAACAACGACGAGAGGGAGACGACGACGACGACGACUUCCUUCAAAUCGAAUAAAACAGGAUUAGGAUGGAUGGAGUGGCUAAGAGGUUGGUUCUAUUUGGCAUACGAGAUGCUUUUUCAGAGAAUAAUGGCCUCUCAUUUGCAGAAUCCCAUGCCUUUGCCUCCUCUCAACGAUUUCACUUGCAUCAUUACCGGAUCCACCAGUGGUAUUGGCCGGGAAACUGCCAGACAGUUGGCAGAAUCAGGGGCACAUGUUGUUAUGGCAGUUAGAAAUACCAAGGCAGCCCAUGACCUGAUCCAGAAGUGGCAGGAUGAAUGGUCAGGAAGAGGACUUCCUCUCAAUAUUGAGGUGAUGGAACUGGAUCUUCUCUCCCUGGCUUCUGUUGUAAGAUUUUCCGAGGCAUGGAAUGCACGAUCAGGACCUUUACAUGUGCUGAUAAAUAAUGCAGGGAUAUUUUCUAUAGGAGAACCACAAAAGUUCUCGAAAGAUGGAUAUGAAGAACACAUGCAAGUGAAUCAUCUGGCUCCAGCACUGCUUUCUGUACUGCUCCUGCCAUCCCUUAUAAGAGGUUCUCCUAGUCGAAUUGUAAAUGUGAACUCAAUUAUGCAUCAAGUUGGAUUUGUAGAUACAGAAGAUAUGAAUGUUACUUCGGGGAAAAGGAAGUUCACAAGUUUAGUGGGUUACUCGGGCAGCAAAUUAGCGCAGGUCAUGUUUAGUAGCGUCCUCCACAAAAAAUUGCCUGCUGAAGCUGGCAUAAGUGUAGUGUGUGUAUCUCCAGGAAUAGUUCAGACCAACGUGGCAAGAGAUCUUCCCAAAAUUGUUCAGGCUGCUUAUCAUCUAAUUCCCUAUUUUAUCUUCAGUGCUGAAGAAGGUUCUCGAAGCUCUCUUUUUGCAGCUACUGAUCCUCAAAUUCCGGAGUACUGUGAGAUGUUGAAAGCAGACGAAUGGCCCGUAUCUGCUUUCAUUUCUCAGGAUUGCCGUCCAACGAACGCUUCCGAAGAAUCCCAUAAUCUUGAAACUUCUUACAGAGUGUGGGAGAAGACACUACAAAUGGUUGGCCUUCCUUCGGACGCCGUAGAGAGGCUUAUAGAAGGCGAAGAUGUCGACUGCAAAUAUGGAGCUCGCGACGACUAGAAUUAAUCUCAAAAGAUCUUUCGUGUCAUUGCCUUUGAGACCAUGUUCGCUCCCGCUCACCACCAUGCAACUGAGGUUUUCCGUCCAUCACUAUUUAUGGACAUCUAAUGUCCGAGGCCCUGCUUUCGAGUGGGAUAUACUGAAUUUGUUUGGUUUGAUGUCCCGGAAAGGUAUAAUAUAAACAACAUAACAUAGGAUGCUAAACCCUAAUCCCUAAACCCUAAAAUCUAUCGCAAAAAAGGGUUAUUGGGUGACACGUUCUCGAAUCUCUUACGUUUGUACGCCAUAAAUCUGACGAAAACGUGUCGUAACAUAUUCGACCCACGGACGUGGAUUUCUUGAUCUUUCGUCCUAUAAAAUUGUUCUUUUUGGUACAUGAUAUAACACAACGUUUGCUUUU